AUGUUCCUUCUGUCCAUGACCUUCUGCUUUAUUUCUAAAGCACUAGGUUUUGUUGUUAUGAAAAGUUCCAUCACUCAAAUAGAAAGGAGAUUUGAAAUUCCAUCUUCAGUUGCUGGCUUAAUUGAUGGAAGCUUUGAAAUGGGAAAUUUGCUUGUGAUUGUAUUUGUGAGUUAUUUUGGAUCCAAACUACACAGACCAAAGCUAAUUGGAAUUGGUUGCUUCCUUAUGGGAACUGGAAGUAUUUUGACUGCUUUACCACAUUUUUUCAUGGGAUAUUACAGGUAUUCUAAAGAAAUUUACAUUACUUCAUCAGAAAACUCAACAUCAAGUUUUUUAACCUGUUCACUUAAUCACAAUUCACUACUCAAUAGAACAUUACCUGAGGUAGUGGGAAAAGGUAAUGAAAAGGAAUCUGGAUCAUAUAUGUGGCUAUUUGUACUAAUGGGUAAUAUGCUUCGUGGAAUUGGAGAAACACCCAUAGUACCCUUAGGGAUUUCUUAUAUUGAUGAUUUUGCUGAAGAAGGACAGUCUUCUUUGUAUUUAGGAAUUUUGAAUGCAGUUGGAAUGAUUGGUCCAAUAAUUGGCUUUGUAAUGGGGUCUUUGUUUUCUAAAAUGUACGUGGAUAUUGGUUAUGUUGAUCUGGGCACAAUAAAAAUAACUCCUAAGGACUCUCGUUGGGUUGGUGCUUGGUGGCUUAGUUUCCUUGUGAGUGGACUGGUGUCCAUUUCUUCCUCCAUUCCAUUUUUUUUCCUGCCCAAAAGUUUGGAUAAACAAGAAAGAAAGAGAGAAAGGGAAUCUUCAGUACCUUUGCAUGCCCUCAAAACAGAUAAGGAAACAAGUCAAGUGGCUAAAUUAGACAACCAUGGGAAAAAUAUUACUGGUUUGUUUCAGUCCUUGAAAAACAUCAUUAGCAAUCCUCUUUAUGUUUGUAUAUUGGGUGCAACUUUGCUGCACUUCAACAGCUUUAUUGGUGGUCUUACUUAUAACUUUAAAUAUUUAGAACAACAGUAUGAUCAUACACCAUCUGAAGCUAACAUUCUGCUUGGAGUCAUAUUCUUACCAUCUUUUGCAACUGGAUUAUUAGUGGGAGGAUAUAUCGUUAAAAGAUUCAAAUUUACUUUGAUUCAAGUUGCCAAAUUUUCAUUUUCUGUCUAUGUAAUCGCCUUCCUACUGGCUUCAGUCAAUCUUAUGCUAAUUUGUGAAAGAAAAUCAGUUGCUGGCCUAACCUUGACCUAUGAUGGAAAUGAUCCAGUGGCCAUUCCUAAAAAUCUACCACUUUCUCAUUGCAACUCAGACUGCAAUUGUGAUAAAAAUCAAUGGGAACCAGUCUGUGGGAACAAUGGAAUAACAUACUUGUCACCUUGUCUAGCAGGAUGCAAAUCUUCAAGUGGCAAUAAAAAGCCUGUAGAGUUUUAUAACUGUAGUUGUGUGGGAGAAACUGAUUUCCAGAAUACAAGUAACUUGGCUCAUUUGGGUAUAUGUCCAAGAGAUGAUCGGUGUAUGAGGAAGUUCUAUAUUUAUGUAGGAGUGCAAAUGGUGGCAAAUUUUUUCACUUCAUUGGGAAGCACCCCCACUAUCAUGCUGGUUUUUAAAAAUGUUCAUCCUGAACUGAAGUCCCUUGCAGUGGGUUUCCAUGCACUAAUCAUGCGUGUCCUAGGAGGAAUUCCUGCUCCUAUAUAUUUUGGGGUUCUGAUUGAUAGAGCUUGUAUGAAAUGGUCCAUCAGUUCCUCUGGGAAGCAAGGGUCUUGCAGGAUAUAUGAUUCCAUUUUAUAUGGGUAAGUUAAAAAAAAUAAAAAAGAUAUGAAGGCAUCAGAAAAUGGAAGAAAAAUCAUAAAUGAAGCAGACUUAGAGCCCUUACGUAACGAUGGACAUUUGGUGCCUUCUGCUAGUACAAACAAUGAAAUACAUAUUUAA